UCCGGCGGUAUGCACAUCCAAAACUUGUCGGACGACGCCGGAGCCGUAAAAUGUCCACGGAUUUGGUGAAACAACUUGCGGUAAAUUGCACUCUUCCAAGCUCGAACGGUGACCCAGUGACUGUUUGCAGAAAGUUUUUUCUAAACACGAUUGGUUAUCGCGAAAAUUGUGGUAAUGUAAUUUACAGAUGCAUCCGGGCAGCUCGGGACGGACCUCCAGUAGAUCGACGUGGGAAAUACAAGAGAGAUAAGAAAGCACGCGAGGCCAUAAGGGAGCAUUUAUUUGGAUAUGGCCCAAGUAUUUCCCACUAUCGACGAGCUCAUGCUCCCAACCGUCUUUAUUUGCCAUCGGAUUUGACCGAAAAGUCCUUGCACGAGGACUAUGAAGCCAAACAAAACUUCAAAGCAAGCUAUUCGUUGUACUGUAAGGUCGUUAAAGAAAACAACAUCUCGUUUGUGAAGCUCGGGCACGAAGAGUGUGAGGCGUGUACUGCUGCAGAGCUCCGUAACAAGGUGAAUGGACACUCCGAAAUUAAGGAUUGUAGCUGCACCGACUGCUCUGGACAUGCACUACAUCUCCAACGUGCAAAGGAAUCGCGAAUGUCUUAUCGAGAUGAUGGUGACAAAGUGCUGCCAGGAGUAGCAGUUUUUUCUGUGGAUUUGCAAAAGGUCAUACAGCUCCCACGGUUGGAUUGCUUCAAGAGCAUUAUUUUUUCGCAACGGCUGCUGGUAUUUAAUGAGAGCUUUGCGCCUGUUGGCGCCUACACACGAGCCUUUCCAGUGUCUGCGUGCAUUUGGUCCGAGUCGGUUGGUGGUCGCACAGCUAACGAAAUCCUUAGCUGCUUUUUCAAAGUCAUUAAGAAGUACGCUGACCUGAAGACAAUUAUCUUUUGGUUGGAUAAUUGUAGUUCGCAAAAUAAGAACUGGAAUUUAUUCCAACACAUUAUCCUACUGAUAAACAGUAAUGAAAUUCAGGUCGAGCGCAUACUGUUUAAGUACUUCGAAUCAGGACAUACGUUCAUGGCCGCUGACUCUUUCCAUGCGGCAGUUGAAUCAAAAAUGCGUCAUGAACGUGUCGUCAGUUUCGAAAACUUCAAGUCUGUGGUUGGCAAUGCGAAGAACAAUGUUGACGUACUAGAUAUGCAAGCAACUGACUUCUUCAAAGCUAAGCUCACCGUUUCGCAGUACACGAUAAACCAGUGCAAGCCCCGCCCGUACGUGGACUCCAUGCGGAAAGUGGUGUUUGAAAAGGCCGUUACGAACUUGGAUACGCAGACAACAUCAACAGCGAAGACCUUAAAUACUGCAAGUUGUUUUCCAAGAAGCAAUUUAAGUUGGUUGUGAAGGAUUCGUUCUCUAUUGCAACAAACGUACGUUGGCAAAAUGCUCCUCAAGGAAUUGAAGAAGAAAAGAAAACUUCCCUCCUGAAAGUGGUUCUACCUGUUAUUACCGAAGAGGAAAAAUCGUUUUUUGUUGAUCUUCCGACGAAGCAAGUAGCUUCUGAUUAAUCUCUAUGCUUGUUUCUUACAUUAAAUAAAUAUUAUCGCUAUAACAUGUCACAAUAAUUAUGAGUUUUAUUCAGGAAAAAAAUGGGUUUGUUUAAGGGUUCCUUUUUAUCAGUUUUUACGGGCCUUCAAUAUUUUAAGUAUGCCACAGUUUCACAUCGCCUUCUCCUAAGAGGCCGUUCGCAUUAUAGGAGGAGCGAUGUUAGACAAUAUAAUACCUCCACUCCUCCUUUUUGGACAACCGUCCAUAUGAAUUCUAAAAGUUAGGAAAGGACCGUGCAUACCUACCCGUCACCAUUUUAAACUAUCCACGUAGAUUGUAGAUGGCCCCUAAAAGCAUGGCAUAUUUUAUGGACGGUCCUCACGGUGUGUUAUGUGUCUCUUUGUGUAAUCGUUAUAUCUCUAUUUUUAGUGUGACAAAUAUGCGUCCAUUUAUCCCAGUGUGACAAACAUGCGUCCAUUUGUUCAAAUGUGACAAAUUGACUUCGGAAUUUUUUCGAGUUUUCUAGAAUAAAACCUCUGUUUUGACAAAAUAUUUCAAAAAUACGUAUCAAAUUAUGACGUUAGACAUCAAAACCUCAAAAAUGUUAAAAUGUAACAUGUGACAUUUAUGCGUCCAAC